UGCCGCCAGCCGCCACAAAAUUUUGCUCCCCUUUCCCGCCAGCGAACACCAAACCCCCUCUCCUCCUGGCGCCAACUUUCCCUCGCUCUGCCUCCCUCCGCGCCAGGCAUCCUCCUCAUACAUACGCCGAUAUCGGGAGUCGAGAAGCAGAGUAGGGUUCCAGUUCCGACACCGAGAUCUCCGCUCGCCGCCGCCGCCGCUCCCUCCGUCCCUCCCUCCUCAACCUCAAGGUCAGCGCCUCCCCUGACGGAGCGGGCGGUCGCCCUCUUCCAGUUCGUCACCGGCCGUCCCGCGGCUUUUUCCUCGAUUUACCCGGGACCGGGGGUUCUUCAGGUUCAGGGAUCCUUUUAACCUUCACUUCUCUGACUAGAUUUGGCUGCAAAUAAGGCACUCAAUCUGUAGACUGUCAUUUGGCCACAAUGUCUGUAGAUUUGGCUCACAAAAUAGUUUCGACUCUCAGAAGAUCUGAAAGAUGCAAGAACACCCGUGUAAUAUACAAUGAUGAUUAUGAAGAAGAUUCCGAGACUGAGAUAACUGAUUCUGAAGAAGUUGCCUCUCCUUCACCCUCAGAACUUAAUGUUGCUUCGGUUGAUGAUAGUUCCGAUGAAGAAGAUUCUCGCAGUGUGUCUCGCAAGGAUCGAAGAACUCGGUUUAAAGUUAAGAAUAAGAAGGCUCCAAAAACUAUUUCUGAAGGAUCUGGCACUAAGGAUCAGUCUCAGUGUGGGGGUCUUGGGAUUGAAAGAUCAAACGAGGAAGUUGAUCUUGAUGAGCCUCUUAUUGCUUUGAAACAGAAGAAAGAAAAGAUACCCCCUUCUAAGGCGAAAAGAAAGACGGAUACAUCAUCUUCUCCACAUGCUACAAAACUAGAUACAUCAACAAAGAGAGAUGAAAUUAGUCUUGUACAAACUUCCCUAUUCGAGUCAAAACUGCAUGACUUAGUGACACAGAAGCUUGAAAGAAGAGCUGUAGAUCAAGAGCACUCGAGAAUUGCUAUUGAACACACCUGUGACCAUUCAUCUGUUGUGCUGCAUCAGUUUCCCAUCGAAGAUAACUGUGGACAGCAGCCUGGUUUCAUCACCCAACCAACUGAAGCAGAUGUUUCUGAAGCCAAAGCGCAUUUGUAUGACAGUGUGGAACGGAAAAAGACUAAUAACAAUUUUUCUUCACUAGGUCCCAUUGAUGAAGUGAGCAACCAUCAUAAAUCUUUAGAUGAUACAAGUAAUUACACAGAUGUGAGGUGCACAUCGGUGGUCAUCCAACCUGAUUUAUGUGGAAGCACAGACAGGAUUUGCACUUCGCAUGAGGAGGUUGUGCAGAUGCUGGUGGAGGGUCAAUUAGAUUCACUAGUCUGCCAUGGUGUGAAAACAAAGGAUAUAUUACCGCAUAUGAAUGUUGAACAAGCAGCCACAGGCUACAAUUUUGCUUUUGAUAAGACUCUUGAUUUGGCUCAUACUGCCAAUUUUGACACUCAAGAUGGGCGGCUAGAAAAUAUAGUUUAUGGUGCUAUGAAUAAUAAUGUGCAGCGGAAGUGUUUUGAAACAAAAGCUUCUGUCGGAGUUCCAGAUACUGCUGUGACUCCAACAGAAGUUUCACAUAAUGGUCACCUCUUACUUGCCAACAUGGAGGGGUCGUCAAAGGAUAUGAAUCACUUAAGUGGUACAGUGAAUGUUGACAUUUGUAGAUCUGUUAAUGAUCAAGAAUCAAGAGAAGCAUAUGUUGUUCAACAAAAGUUAUUCCAGGCUUGUGUUAACAUGGGCAAAACUGGACAUGCAAUAUCAGAUAGCUCCUCUAAUCCUGAAGAAACACAAGAAAUUUCUAAUGGGCAAACUAGGGCGUCUGAUUUUUUCAUUGACGAAGGAUCAAUUGAAGAUCAUACUCCAAAAAAACUGUUGUCCCAGAGAAAGAUUAUGUCACCAACUUCUCAGGAGAAGUUUUGCAAUGCUUUGGCUGGUAUUGAUUUGUGUGGAGUCCAAAGGCUUGAGAGAAAGAUUAAUCUUGAAGAUUGUGAUGCAAGUAAUCAAUCAUUACCUCAGACAACAAACAAGCAAUACCGAUCUAUAUUAACCACAGACAGGAAACUUAAGAGCAGAACUUCUAUCUCCUUUACAAGCAAAGGAGUUCUUAAGUCAACUGAAUCCCCAUCUCCUGAGCUGAUAAGUUCAUCUGUUCUUUUGGACACUGAGAAAGCUGUUGAGUUUUCACAAAGGCAGAUGCAUGAUAUGGAGAGCAUUGCAGCAAAUCUUAUCAGGAGCUUGAAGCACAUGAGAAGUUUAGUGGACGAAAAUUUGUCGUCAGAAGCACAUUCUUUGCUUCCCAAUUUUAACACUGCCGAGAUGAGAGCAGCAUCCGAGGACGCAUUAAAGGUGGAGAGAACUACAAGGAAAUGGUUGACAAUAAUGAACAAAGAUUGCAAUCGUUUUUGUAAAAUAUUGACACUAGAGGGAAAGAAGGCUGCUUCGCAUCCAGAAUUGCCGAGGAAACGUAGGAAGAUAACGUUCGCGGAUGAAGCUGGAGGAACGCUCUGCUAUGUUAAUGUGUUUAGUGAUGUACAGACCUCCCCUUCUGCAUGCGAGGGUGAGUCAUAAACAUUAUUUGGGCUGAUUGCAUCAGGCAAUUUUGUCGUAAUAAGUUGAUCUUUGACAAUGAAGAAUCAAACAAGAUGGCCCUGUUUUUAUUUUUUUCAAAAGAGAGAUAGGCGGCCCUAGUCGGGAACCAAGUAACUGGGGAAUGUUUCCCUCCCGCUGUAUGUUUAGAUGCUAGAGUCCAUAUGAAGUGGCUUCUGAAACUGUUCCAUCAAAGCUCCACUUGCUGUAAUUUGUAGACAAGAAUCAACUUCUGCAAUUUGAUUGUACAACUGAUUGUUUAGCCA